UGUUCACACAGUACAUAUCAUAACUCAGUGCAUCACACAUUACAAAACACUUCCAAGAAUAACAACAAACAAACAAAUGGUCGACACUGCUGAUCCAGGUUCGACAAAGGAGAAACAAGAAAUAACCUUCGACCUCUCCGUCGUCUUUUCACAACACGUCGAACAUCGAGAGUAUCCCAAGACUCUGUGUCCUUCUGAGAUAGCCAGGUCCCUGUCACGGGCAGACCUCGCCAGACUGGGGACCUCGGACUGGCAUGACCUCAUGCCUCGUCUGCGUGAGAUGGCGUUCGAGGCUCGCGACAGAGGAGAGGUCCAAGUGCUACAGAGAGGUCAAGUCAUCCCCCCCGGACGAGGCAUGGACGACGUCAAAGGGCCAAUCAGGAUCAGAAAGGCAGUGUAGGAAAGGAAGCAAUGGCAAAUAAUGUGCUGGGGAGGUUUCAAUCCUCUUGGACCAGCAAAAUGCAAAACCAUUUACAUUCAUCUCUGCGCCAGUUUGCGGCCAGUUUGAUCUAUGUGCGAUUCGAAUAUUAU